AUGCGAGGCUCACAAGUGGCCCGAGCGAUAGCCUUGGGAUUGGCCUCGACAACAGCUUUCGCUGCAGUAAACGACGCGACCUACGAUUCUUCGUUAAACUUCCGACCGGACAAUGUGACUUCAAGUGACCUGUACCAUUGGGUUGGAUCAUAUUACAAUGGCUCUACGACCAUCGAGAUCGAGCCCUUCGGUGGAAUCGCUGCGCAGGAGGAAGGGACCAACGAUGCCACCUGGUGCCCAAAUUUGAAGGACAAGACCUACAGCACCAAGUUUGAUACAAUCCUUGGACUCACGGAGCGAAGCAAGUACAACGCCGGCAACAACCCGCUCAACGCUUUCCUGACCCUGUGGGAUGUGGGCUACAACUUCAGCUCGUUGAACGCGAGCCAGGGGAUCACCGAUCUGCCUUGGGACUGGGCUCUAUUCUCUUCAUUACCUCUGGAUUCCUACAAUGGCUCCUUUACCGAACCAGAUAUCUUCAAUUUGACUCUUGCUGAGACCACCAAGGCACCCUACAACCUCUCGAGCACAUUCACCCAAUACGGCAGCGAGAGCACAUUCGAUACCACCUUCCCUAUUCUGUUUAACAUGACUUCCUGCAAUGGAACGCAAGAUAUCGAUUGGUCGGGUUACAUGAUCUCCAAUUACUACUGGCCUAGCACCGGGUCCAAUGUUUCUUACCCAGACCCAACUCUCGACAUUGUUUUCGACAGCAAGACCGCCAAGUUGACAAUUAAUGGUUACAUCCAGGCAGUCGAGGGCUGUGAAGAGAAGCCUACAAACCAAGACUUCUGUGAGGCAGACACUAUCAUUGAGGCCAAGAUGACCGUUACCUUCGAAGGAACCAUCGAUUCUUAUCAUUCGGACGAGCUCGAGACUGCCAGCUCCAAGCCUGCUUGGAUCAAGACGGUUGGCUUCAACAAUAUCACUCAGACGAGUGGAAACAGCACCUCUGGAAGCGGUAACAGUGACAAGAAGAACGGGUCGAACGGUCAUCAAUACCCUGGCGCAUUCCCACUAGUCGCCAGUCUCGCAGUGCUUUUGGCCUCUUCUCUGUACAUCUAG